UAAUGAUGUGUACGGUCCAAUCCGUGUAGUCUGGGGGCGGUGGUAUGUUUAUCUCACUGCCUGAAAAAACGUGGGCGUAACAAUACUUAAACAUUUGAAUUCUGUACAACUGUUCACUGGACCUCUAAAUAUUGUAUUGUUAUUUAGCAUUCAGCGGUAGAAGUUGAAACUGAUACACACUGUGUAAAAUCAAACCUUAUUGUUGGCUACUCGCAUAUUGCUUCUAUGAUGUACACCUGGGGAGAAGCUACCUGGACUGACUUAGGGUUCUCUCACACAGGUGAUGACACUACACUGGAAGACAACAAUUUCCAUCUACCAGCCUCGAAAAACAGAAUCAUAGAAAUCGCGUGUGGAAGCGGAGUUAUUACGUUUGUUAAAGAAAAUGGGAAUGGCGUGAUGUGGACAGAGAGUGAAAAAAGAGGAGAGCAACCUCAGAAAAGAAAAUUAAAGCCUUUGUUGCUGAGAAAAGAAAAGAUCCUCAUUGUGGACUGCGGGGCAACUCAUAUUGUGCUGGUUUCUGAAACAGGAAAGAUUUUUGAGUGGAAUUGUCAAGAACAGUUUAAAGUGGUACAUCCCAGGUUGCUGUCAAGUUUAAGUGACAGAAAAAUCAUUCAAAUUGCUUGUGGAAAUUAUCAUUCACUGGCUCUAUCUAGAGAAGGUGAAGUGUUUUCCUGGAAGACCAUUAAGACGAGUCAGUUUGGCGCAAAAGUUCCAUCCCCCCAGCUUCUGAAGUCUCUGUCGGGGAUCCCGCUGGCUCAGAUUGCUGCAGGGGGAGACCACAGCUUUGCUGUCUCUCUGUCAGGGGCUGUGUAUGCCUGGGGGAGGAACCAUGCAGGGCAACUGGGACUAGGAAACACCACAGACAUAUUAUGUCCAACCCUCGUGAAGUCGUUACAACUCAAGAAGACUGUGUUUAUUUCUUGUGGAGAGGAACAUACAGCCAUUCUUACCAAGGAUGGGUUAGUGUACACUUUUGGAGCAGGGAGUUUCGGGCAGCUCGGACACAACUCAACAAGAAAUGAAGUCCGACCUCGACUAGUUGCUGAGCUGUGGGGGGAGAAAGUUUCUCAGAUAGCAUGUGGAAGGCACCACACGGUUGCUUACGUUUCCGCUACAGGAAAGGUCUACUCGUUUGGGUGUGGACAACAAGGGCAGCUGGGAACUGGACAGAAAAUUAAUCAAGAGGUUCCAGUCCCUCUAACACUAUCAGCAGCAGAUGGAAACAACCUCACUGUUGACAGAAUUGUUGCUGGAGGUAACCAGACAUUUGUGUUAUACUCUCAAAUUGAGGAGCUUGAGCCUUCAGCAAACAUUUUUCCCUUAAAAACUGGUAAAAGGAUUUCCACUAUCAAUGAUAAUUUGCUGGACAAAUGGAUCUCAGAAUGUGAGUCAAAACAAUGGAAGAAUACAAAGAAAGAAAUUACAAGGGUUUUCUCAUCUCCAUCGUGUCUUAAUGGGAGUUUUCUGGAACAAAGCAACGAUAAACACUUUAAGACAACCACUGAGAUCUUGGGCAUGGACUUAUCCCUUGUGCGUCUUGCUUUUGAGAAGUUAGCAAGGAAUAUGAAAGUGUUAAUGCAGGUUGAAUCUGUGGUUCUGAACAACCUGCUGCCUUCUCUAUCUGGGGCUCCAGCUGGAGUGGAAGCCAUGAGGAUUUACCUGAUUAUACCUGAACUCAUUAGAGUCCUCAAAACAGAGCACAGUAUCAACGAGGUAGCAUCAUCUCUAGCUGAAGCCAUUCUCAGACUACAGCCAAGCAGCAGAGAAAUCCUUGAGUCCUUGUGGUCAAAGCUACCCUUUGCCUUCUUCAAGUUGGUUGUGACGCAAUACCAUCUUGUAUCCAGCCAGUACCUUCACAGGGCAAGAACAGGUUCCCCAGUGAACUUGGAUAAACUUUGUAAUUCUUUAUGUGUCCUGCAAAUACUAUACAAGGUGAACUCCAAUGCCAUUAACAGGAUUCAGGAGAACAAGUUCUACAUAACUGAGAUUGGACAUUAUUUUCACUCAAUUGAACAAAUGCAGUCUGUUAAUUUUAAAUUCAUUGAAAAACAAACAUCAUUUAUGACUCUUCUACAUUCAUUGACCAUAUACCCUUGUAUCUUUGAUUUUGGUGCGAAACGCUUAACACUUCGAAUGGAUUGUUUCAGAACAUUUUUUAUGGCUGUCCAGAUACAUCCUUUUGGAGCAAAUAAUCUGCUUGUCAACCGAAGAAAUCUCUUACAUGAUACCCUGCAGUACCUAAAAGACAAUUCAUGCAACCACUGCUGGCCAUUAAAGGUCAAAUUUGUGGAUGAAAAUGGUAUUGAUCAUGGAGGACUAUCGCAGGAGUUCUUCUCUGUCAUCACGAGGGAGCUGUAUACAUUGGAAACUAGAGCAUUUAAACUCUGUGAAGACUCCAGACUAGUGUGGUUUAGUCAGAAGGAACACAGAAAGAGUGAUAUGUUCUUUCUGAUUGGAGUUCUUUGCGGAAUGGCCUUGUACAAUCACUGUGUAGCAGACUUCCACUUCCCCUUGGCCUUGUUCAAGAAGCUGCUGAAAGAAAAGCCCACGUUGGAAGACCUGAAGGAGUUGUCCCCAAUAGAAGCAAGGAGCCUUCAAUCUAUUCUUGAUGAAGAUGAAGAUUCCGUAGAAAGUUUAUAUUUGGAUUUCACAGUUCAAGGACAUGAACUUGUGCCGAAUGGGAAAGAUAUACUUGUCACCAAAUACAACAGAACUCAGUAUGUUGAAGAAUACGUGGAUUUUGUGUUCAACAAAUCGGUCAAGAAGCAGUUUGACGAUUUUAUGAAAGGUUUUAGAAAAGGAUGCCCCAGUGAGAUGUGGAACAUAUUCCUGCCUGUUGAGCUCAUGGCAAUACUCAAUGGAAACACCAAAUAUGAGUGGGAAGAAUUGGAAAAGAAUGCAAACUACAAAGGAUAUGAACCUACAGAUGAGAACAUCAGGAAUUUCUGGAUGGUAUUCCAUGAACUUGAGGAGGAGCAGAAGAAGCAUUUCCUUGCCUUUUUGACAGCAAGUGACAGAGUGCCAGUAGGAGGAAUGGCCAGUCUCAGCAUCACCAUAGUGAACAUAGAAAGAGAGGAUCCAGACAAAUACUAUCCCGCUGCAAACACCUGUUAUCGGUUCUUGUACCUUCCCAAUUACAACAGUGUGGACAUCUUGAAAAAACAGUUAUUGCAUGCGAUCACUUUCUAUGAAGGAUUUGGAGAAUAUUUUGAGGCCAUGUGGAUCUAUGUGAUUCUGUAUGAGUGCCCUGUUCUUAAUGACUCCAAGUAUUACAUCACACUAACAGUUCCUUUGGCCAUGGCAAUACUUUGUUUGGACAAAAACGCUAGCAAAGUGGUUUUUGAUGGAGAGGAAGGAGAGCUUGCGAAGGAGUUCUUCCUCUUGCUUCUCAAAGAGCUGCUGGACCCGGUCUAUGGAAUGUUCACCAAAGAAUCAAACCACCUCUGGUUUUCAGAGAAAUGUUUUGUAGAACCCAACUGGUUCCACCUGAUUGGUAUAACAUGUGGUCUGAUGAUAUAUAACUCCCCUGUGGUGGACCUGCACUUCCCCUUGGCCCUCUACAAGAAGGGUGUGCAGCCUACUCUGCUGGACUUAAACGAACUGUUCCCGACUGAGGGAAAGAGUCUUCAGCAGCUCCUUGAUCACCCUGGAGAUGAUGUAGAAGAGACCUUCGACCUGAAUUUCUCAGUUGCUAGAGAGAACUAUGGACUGACAGAGGUUAAGGAGCUGAUGCCUGGAGGAGCAAGUCAGACAGGUGUGUUCUAGGUUUCCUGGCAAUUGACUGAAAUACACUACAGCAAAAAUCAGUAACACAUAUCCUAUUUUAUGGAAACCGUUUGAUAAAAUUCCCUUUUUAAUACAUUUUUGCACUAUCUAAAUAAUUGCAACUUUCUGGGUUCCGAAAAAUAUAGCACUACACAUCCCCACAUGUUGCAACAACUGUUUUAAUAACGCACCUGUAAUUUUCUUUCACUUAUAACUUUACAGUGUUUCAAAGCUCUUUUCAAAAUGGCCACUGUAGUGCACUGUGUAAAUAUUAUUGCCCACACUGUCAAACAGUUAACACAGC